AACUUGCCUGAUAGAUUUUCUUGUUAAAUAAAUUAGUUUGUUAAAAUUGUUAUUCCAUUUGUUAUGUUGCGAGGUUUUUAGUUUAAAAAUUAUUUGUAACAAUUUUUAUCGGUUUAAAAAUAAAAAAUAAAAAUUGGAAGAUAGUCAUGGAAAUAGCUGAACUUGCACUGCCCAACAAGAAGAAGGCAGGGGACAACGCCAAUGAAGAUGGCACAUAUUCCAAUGCUGAAGAUUAUUACGUUGAUGUGUGCCGCAUGAACGGCUUGUACCCACUGCCAUACAUCAUCUCACAAUUCAAAAAUAAAAGAUUGGAAUUGAGUGUUGGCAAGUUAAGAUUAGAGGAAUGGGCUGUUAUCAUGUGCACGGUGAAGCAAUGCUCACAUUUGGAAAGUAUCACCAUUAAAGGAAUGAAAUAUAACUACGAUGAACUAAAAAGCAGCAAGAACAGUCAGAAAAAGCAAAAGAUGUUAAUGUUAAGGGAAUAUGUUUCGAGGCUGAGCAAAGCCAUUCGAGACUGCCUUUGUAUCAGUUCCUACCUCACCAACCUAACACUGGAUACUCUGCCAUUGAGUGAUCGAGAUGUUGAAGCCAUCAGCAAGGGUUUGUAUGUAAACAGAAGUUUGGUUUAUCUUUCACUUGAAGGUUCACUGAAAGAUGGAGAGCAGCUUGAAGUUGUCUGCAAGGGGAUAGUGGACAACAUGAGUUUGAAGUUUUUAAAUCUUACUAGUUGCAACAUAUUUGGCAAGUCGGCCAGUGUGCUAGCCUGGCUCAUCAGGAUGCAAUCUUCCAUGCGUCACAGCGAGAUAUGGAAGAACAGUUUGAGGUACCGCAAGCCCCAGUUGGACGGCAUGGGCGGACUGCGAAGGUUCACCCUGAACAACAACCCACAGAUCAGCAAUCAGGACAUUCAGUUACUUAGUUCUGCACUCCUUGAUGACCUCUGGGUCAGAGCAAUUGACUUGCAGUGCUGCAACAUAACUGACGUCGGGGCCCAGUACAUCCUUGAUAUGUUGAAGUUUAACACAUCUCUUGUUGUCAUCGACAUCAGGAACAACAGCCAGAUAAAUAAGAAAAUACUGGAGAGCAUUUUGGAUCAGCUCACCAUAAACUGUGGAGGUCAUGAAACUGAGUACAUGUGGAUGAAGUUGGAAGAAUUCCACCAGUCUUCAAGUCGACCAGCAACCAGCCAACAGGUCUCAUCAGCCAACCAUCAUCCAUCUAAUAAGCAGUUAAUGCCUUUUGUGAGGAAAAAUAGCGCGAUCAAAUCUCCAACCGGUGCGAGGUGUAAGUCAAGAAUCUCUGUGAACAACAGCAACAACGUCAACAAAAACAACAACAUGGUCGUCCAAACAAACGCCAACAGAAACAACACUCAUUCUAACAAUCAAAAGCAGUAUGGACUGCCCUGGAGGACUGCGUUGAGAGCUGCUCGAUUCAGAUCCCCAACUGCAGCUUCGACGACGCGUUCACUAGUAGGCAAGGUGCAGCAUACUACAGUCCAUGCUAGGAGGAAAAUAAGUUCAUGCAAAAAACAGGAUGACGAUGUUUAUGAUGUCACUGAUGAAGAUGAUGAGGAGGAUGGUGAUGUUGAUAAGAGCAUAACAAGAUCCAGGAGUAUGGAUAACAUUAAAAAGAAGCAGCCAGAAUUACCUGGCGAUGUCAGUGAGUGGCAGCGAUCAGAACAAAAUUUGGAGUCCGUCAGGGAAAUUGAAAGAUUGAAACUGGAGAAUGACCGACUUAAGGCGAGGUGUGAAGAGUUGGAGGAAAACAGACAGAUGAUGGUCGAGAGCGAGGAGGCACUGGACAGUAUCGAGGCCUCUUUCAAACAGUUCAACAACUUCCUCGAGAUGCUCAAACAGAUCGGUUUAGGACCACUGAUAUCGAUGGCAGAACUCGAUCCGACGCUACUCAACUUCCCAGCGCCACCGUCACUGUCUGCCUCGCUAUCCCCAUCGAGGUUACAGCAACCCAUCAACGAAACGUCACAAAUAUCUUACGUCGACCACAACGACAACCAGAAUAAAAACAACAACAACGGCAGAGAUGGCGUAGAUCAAACCGCUUUUAAUUUCACCAUUGACAAUGCAGCGCAAGAUAAUGAAGGCCUGGUCGAAGAUGACAGCCGCAGAUUUGAUGAAUCCCUCUUCAGCCACAACGUGUACAACUACGGCCAUGACUCCAGCAUCAGCCUCGGUGACCAAUUGCAAAACAGAACCCUACUCAACUCAACAGCAGCUCAGAUGAAAUCAUUUCUAUUGGAACAAUCGUCACUAUAUGGCCAAUUGCAAUCUAACAAAUUGGGUCAAGAUGACAUAGAUAUCAACCAGCCUGCAUCAAAAUUUGAUGAAUUGUACAUGAAAGCUUUACAGAAUAAUGAUGUGUUGCGCCAAUCAGCCAUUCCCAAACCAAACGACAACAGCAUAAACAUUAACAACAACAAUAUAGUCCAGACCCAGAAUAACGCGACCACGACAACGUCAACCAAUAACAGGAACUAUGACAUUCCAGCAAAAUUUGACAAACAAAACACAAAAGAUCUCUUUGAAAGAUAUAGCUCAAACAGUUUUCAGAAAAGUGACAACGAUGCAUUGAGAAUUGAUGCUCCACACAAGAAAACUUUAACGGAACACAUUGACUCUCUCUUCAACAUUCCACCACCAAUCAAAGAAUCUUCUAGGAAUGUAUUUGUUCCUGCAGAACAAGAUCCAGCAGGAUUUGAUAAUUACAAACAAGCACUACGACAGCAACAACAGCCACAACAGGCGCAGCAACGAUCGCAGCGACACGUACAGCAAACACAAUCACAACUGCGCCAGCCGCUAGUCCAACAACAGCAGCAACGGCAACAACAUUUGCCAGGUCGAGAUUCAUCUUCACAAUUUUCCCAGCAGUCGACAUCGCAGCGCCAAACGUUAAAAUUUUCACAAAUGCACCAGCCGUUCACACAUCACUCAAACGCAUUGCCGUCACAGCCAUCGAGAAAACAGCCUGACAGAAUGUCGACCAACUUGGACGCCAUGCAGUCCCUAUCAUCAUUGUCAUCCUCAUCAACUUCCUCAUCCUCUUCGAUAUUAGUUUCACGCAUUAAUAAAGAGAAUCAAGAAGAUAACCCUAACAAACGUGCUCAUGAAAACAUCAAAGAAACUUCAGCAGCCUCUCUUGAUGCAGAUGACGCAGCAGAAGACGACACAAAAAUUUACAAGGAGUACUCGUUUGACAUUGAAGGUCUUGAUGUUGGCCAGGGUGGAGAUUACAGCUUAACUGAAUCAUUACUCAUGCAAAAUCUUAAUGUCACGAACGAAAAGAAUGAUCAGAAUAUUUCUUAAAAACUUGCCUAUUAUUUUUAUUAAUUUUAUAUCGACAUUUUAACUUGUUUGUCAUUUAUUACUUGAUAAAUCAAAACAACGAGUGAAUGCUGAUUUAUUUUGUGUCGUUUAAAAGUUACUAACAUAAAUCGAGCUUCUCAAGCAUCGCCUGACAUCUUCAAUGUGAUCGUUCAUAAGUAUCUAUUCAGAUUAGCGGCCAUGUUAUCAUGAGAACAGACAACAAAAACUGGUGCUUUUAAUUGUUUUUUAACUUAUUGAUUAUUUAGAUCUAAAUAAUAUAUAAGGCCAUCUGCCUACAUGAUGU